CAAAAUCUUUAUUUCUCCUAUUCUCAAUUAAUGUGACAGAUUACAGUUUGUCCAAGAAAACAGCAACAAUAUAUUCAAGUAUUUAUGUGUGUGAGUACAUAAUAUGAAAUGAAUAACAGCAAUGAUACAGGGACCAGACAGAGGAAUUAGGAUUAUUUUGUUAUGUUAAGGUGCACACAAUACCUGUGCUGCAGUGGAGUGUUAUUUAAAAGUGGAUUUGGAUUAGCUGUAGAUGUAUAUUGUAAACUCUAGGGUGACCACUAAGCAAAGUAACAAUGAAAGUGUAACUGAUAGAGAACGAAAUUAUAAAAUAAUUAAAACUUCAAAUGCAACCAAAGGGUAGCAGACAAAAACAGGAAUAAAGUAUAAGGACAACAAAUACAAAAUAGUAAACAAUAUGGUAGAUAUUAAUCCAAUUAUAUCAAUAAUCACUUUGUCUAAAUGCAUCAUCAAAAGACAAUGUCAGAGUGGAUCAAAACACAAGAACCAACUACAUGCUGUCUACAAAAAACAAAAAAAUGGUUUUAAUAUAUAUAAUAUCUAUAGAUACAAGGGGGGACCCCAAAAAACCCUGGAAUUAUCUUCUGGAGGGUGGACCCCUUCUAGUACAUGCUUCUCCCACUAAGUGAGUAUUUUAGGAACCCAUCUGUAUCAGUGUACCAGCUGGCAUUGUGAGAAGCUGUGUGAAGUUCAGUGAAUUUUUUUUAAGACUCUUUCAACGCGUGUUUGCCCAUUUCAUGAUGGGUGAUUUACAAGUGCACCUGCCCACACUGCGCUGAGUGUUCAGUAGUUUUGGACCACAAACGGCAUGACCCGUCUUCCCCAUCUUCUCUAUUCACCUGAUCUUGCCCAGAGUGACUUUUUUUUUGUUUAUUUGUUUCCCUGAUGAAAAAAGUCCUCAAAGGGAAACAGUUUGCUAAUAUGGAAGAAGUGAAACAAAAAAUGGCAAAAGCACUAAAAGGCAUCAAAAUUGACAAUUGAAAAACUUUUGAGCAGUGGAAAAAAGUCUUGAUAGGUGUAUUGCAUCAAAUGGAGAAUACUUUAAAGGUGACUGAGUUUAAGCAUGCAAAGAUAAAUACACAAUUCUUUUAUAAAUUCCAUAUUUUGGGUCCCCCUUGUAUAUAUUUAGUAAAUGGAUAGAGAAAAAUAUACCAUGAUAAUGCUAACCAAAAGAAAGCAGGGAUACCGGGGUGCAUUGUGUAAUGAAAGGGUAAAUUCUCUACAAUUUCUUUCAGAAGAUAGAAGCAGAGGGAAUUCUUCCCGACUCAUUCUUUGAGACCAGCAUUGCCUUAAUACAAAAAAAACGGAUAAAGACAUUAUAAGGAGAAAAAAAUUACAGGCCAAUAUGUUUCCUGAACAUGGGUACAGAAAUCUUCAAAAUAUUACUUUAUUGCAUCCAACAGUGUAUAAAAAGAGAGAGAGGAGCAGGGAGAGAAACAUCAAUCUGUUGUUCUACUUAUUUAUGCAUUCACUUGUUGAUUCUUGUAUGUGCCCAGACCAGGGAUCAAACCUCCAACCUUGGGAUAGUGGAAGGAUGCUCUUACCAACUAAACUACCCAGACAGAGCCAGACUUCACUGAAAUCUUAACUUUUCCCCAUCUGUAACAGAUAUCUCCCUAAAACUAUUUUGCCUAUUUCUUUGGAUAAUUACAUAACCAUUAUUACUAACUUUCUGUAACCUCCAUUUCACAAGAUUUUGUCAGAGAUUAUUUCAACUUUGUGUGCACUCACUGUUAACGCAAUUUCAUUUGAAACAAUAAACCACUUCCGAGCAAGGAGAUGAGAUCACGGGAACACCAACCUUUAUCUCAGGGAUAAGAAGCCCCUUAGCACCUGUGCUUCAAUGGUUAGAAAGGCGCACACUAUCUUGGCAGGAAAGGGCAUGCAGUAAGUAGCUCUCCUUUUCAGAUUUUCAAAAGAAAUGGAAAAUAUCUCAGAUAUGGAGUAAUAAUAUCAUCUCGAUGAAGAAAAAAAUUAAGAAUAUUCCAAUAAAAGUAUUGCUCUCUGGUGGGAACACAAAUCAGUCUGGCCGAAAAGAUAAACCUCCUCCAACUUCACAUCAUAUUCUCUCUGAGGGUUCUUUUCCUUCUUGUCUCUGACCGAGAUUAUUGAAGAUAAUUAACCAGUCCCCAGAACUUUAGCCGACAGCUGAGUGGACGCCGAAUGCCACUAUGGUGUAGCGUGUCCCUUUGGCUGUUUAACCUUUGGCAAUGUGCAGUGCGUCACAGAAUCUGUAAUAACAAACGUCUAUUUCUGACACUUGUGCUAGACUGCACCACGAGGAAAUGUAGGUCUGUCCCAUUUAAGAGCCACGAAGCUCCGUUGGGUCCUGGCAGACCGGGGACUCCACUUCCCAGCGUCCCCUCACGCGGUCCGUUGGCCUUAAUCCCGAAACAGAAGUAACUGCCGCAGCCUCAGUGGGGACGAACGGGAGAACUACAGUACCCAGAAGGCUCUGCGGCAACCGAAGACGGCUAGCAGAGCCAAUGAGAGCUUACCGUGGAGCCGUUUACCUGGGUACGCGCUUUGGAGGCGGGGCUUCCGGCCGCGUCCCCUCAGGAUUAGCGUUGUUUCGGUUCUAGGGGUUGUACUCCGGUUCUUCUCCUUUGCCUUGCGGGUGGGAGUCUGGGGCGGGGCGGAGGAGGUAAAACUCUCUCCGGGACGGCGUCUCCGCCGCACGGAGGCGUCUGUGAGGCCCGACUGAAUCUGUUGGCGACGGCGGCGCCCUGUUCCCGACCUGUCGCCCUUGCGCUUCCUGCAGGCGGGUGGCGGGGCGGUGCCCACGAGCCCAACUGAGGUAGGUGCUGCGUCCUCCAGCUUUCCCGCCUGUCUCUCUACCUCUGGAUCGGGGCCGGGUGGAGGGGUGCUGUCGGGUCCCUGCGUCAGGCCCUACGGGUCCCUCGGCAACCGCCGUGUGAGAAGGGGGCAGCGUUCUCGUAGGGGCGGUAGAGCGCUGGGAAACCGAGGUCUCUGUGCCCAGGGGCGACGAGUGUCGCCUCGAGGGACGACCUGAGCGGCUGGAAUUCUGGAAAGAAUCCCACAGCAGUGGCAGAAAUGCUUAUGGACCCAGCAGAGGGCUGUGUGGUACUUGAGGACGUGGCCAUACACUUCUCACAGGAGGAGUGGAGGCUCCUGGAUGAGGUUCAGAGAUGCCUGUACCACAGCGUGAUGCUGGAGAACUUGGCACUGUUGUCCUCCAUAGGUUGUUGGCCUGGAGCCCAGGAAGAGGAGGUCCCUUCGGGGCAAGGUGAUUCUGUGGGAGUAUCACAGGUCCAGACCCCAAGUCAAGAUCCAUGUACCCAGUUGUCUCAUUUUUGGGAUAUGUGUGGCCCAGUCUUGAAAGACAUUUUGCAUUCGAAUAAGCAGGAUGGAAUGCACCCUCAGCAAGAGGUGAACACACAUGUGGCCAGUCUUUCCAGGUGCUGUAAGGAGCAGAACAGAAAGAAAGUGUCUGGAUGGGUUGAACAGAGGCCUUCAUUUGUAAAGAACUGCAUUGUUCACCCUACAGAGAGGACCUUGCCAUGCAGGGAGGGUGGGAAGAACUCUCAGGCCAGCUCUGGCCUUUCCCUGCACCAGACCCCUCACAGUGCAGGAAAGCCACAUAACACUGAGGGCAGGGAGAUUCUGGAAAGUGGGCACAAUAGCUACAAGUGUGACAAAUGUGGAAAAGCCUUUACCUACAAACACUUAUGUGUUGAGCACCAGAAAGUGCACAAUGAAACAAAGCUCAGUGAGCUCUUCAACUUUGGGGAACUCUUCAGUCAAAAGUCUGGCUUCACUGAACACCAGAGAGUUCAUACCAGGCCACUGCGUUAUGAGUGCAGCCAGUGUGGAAAGUGUGUUAAAGACAGCUCCACGCUCAUUAUUCAUCAGAGAGUUCACACUGGAGAAAAGCCAUAUAAAUUCAGUGAUUGUGGGAAAUCCUUUAGGUACAGCUUUACACUCAAAAGACAUCAGAGAGUUCAUACCAGAGAAAGGCCAUAUGUGUGCAGCGUAUGUGGGAAGUCUUUCGUGGACAUCUCUAUGCUCAUUAUUCACCAGAGAGUUCACACUCGGGGAAGGCGUUUUGAGUGCAGCAAAUGUGGGAAGUUCUUCAGGUACCGCAUCACACUUGAGAGACAUCAGAAAGCGCACAGUGGAGAGAGGCCUUAUGAAUGCAGCGAAUGUGGGAAACUCUUUAGGCACAACUCAAAUCACAUCAGACAUCGAAGAAACCACACUGGGGAGAAGCCUUAUGAGUGCCCUGUAUGUGGCAGACUCUUCAGCCAAAACUCCCAUCUCAUUCGGCACCAGAAUGUUCACACCAGAGAAAAAACUUACAAAUGUAGUGAGUGUGGGAAAUUCUUUAUGGACAGCUCCACGCUCAUUAUUCAUCAGAGAGUUCACACUGGAGAGAAGCCUUAUGAAUGUGGUGAAUGUGGUAAAGUCUUUAGAUACAACUCCAGCCUCAUUAAACAUCGGAGAAUUCACACGGGGGAAAAGCCCUAUGAGUGCUGCAACUGUGGGAGAGGCUUUAGGCAGAAUUCCCACCUUGUUCGGCACCAAGAAGUACACAGCAAAGAGUAUUGCAAACGAGAAUUGACUUCAAAGUAAUGUCUGCUGUGAUUUAGCACUGGAAGCACUGCUAUGCAGCUGUAUGUUUUUUUAAUCGCGUCUUAAAUACUUAUAAGUUAAAAUUUGCAAUUUUAAUCAUUUAAGGUUAAGGUUCAGUAGUAAUAAUACAUUCAUGUUACUGUGCAACAAACAUCCAGAAGUCUUUAUUUUAUAAAACUGAAACUAUAGCUGUGAAGCAACAAUUCUUUCCCUCCUCCCUAAUCCCCUGACAGCCAUCAUUUUACUUUCUAUCUCUGAGUUUGACCAUCAAUGGACACAAGUGGCUUCCACCUCUUGGCAAUUGUGAAUAAUGUUAUAAUCACGAUUGCACAGAUACUGCUUCAAAAUCCUGCUUUCGAUGCUUUUCAGCUGUGCACCCAGAAGUGGACUUGUUGGAUCAUAUGUGAUUUGACCCAGAUUUGAAGUGCUGGCAAGUGGACUGUCAGUUCCCCUUCCAGAGCAGCUGAUAAAAGUGCCAGAUUGGCAGGGAGCAGAGGAUGAAGGUGCAGCUUCUGAGCAGAAUAUUUCUGAAAUGUCACAGAUAAAUACUCUUAAGGCCGAUCCCUGGAAGAUAUAUGGCCUGGCCUUAGAAGGUGAUUUGCAUCUAACUGACAACCUAGGAAGAAGCCCCAAGAAUCUCAAAUGUAGAGCAUCUGGGAAAUCUUACCAGCUCUAGAAGCAGCUCAAUAGAGAGAACUCUUUAGAAGGACCACAGACAAGGCCUCCUGUGUGAAGAGCUGCAUUGUCCACACAUCAGAUAAAGCAUUCCCAUGCUGGGAGUCUGGGAAGGACUCCCCCUCUAACUUAGGCCUUCACCUGCUUCCUCACUGUGAAGGUACAGAGGCCUUUCAUGCUGCACAGAAGCACUACACAUGCAGUGACUGUGGGAAAGUCUUCUGCCGAAAGUACAGACUUGCUCGGCACCAGAGAGUCCACACUGGAGAGAGGCCAUAUGAGUGCAGCGAAUGUGGGAAAACCUUCAGCUACAAA